CGCGCGCCGCCGCUUGCGCUUCUGCCACUUCGCGGGAGAAGUUGUUGGCGCCAAUGGAUCCCGAGCCCCGAUAACGGAUUCCCCCUAGCCGAGGGCCUGCACACCUGCUCCUCUUCGGUCUUCGGGCUGCGAUGGACAUUCGGAAAUUCUUUGGGGUUAUAUCAAGUGGAAAAAAGCCUGUGAGUGAGGCCGUAAAGAAGAAUGAGAAAAUAAAACCUUCGGAGGGAACUGUCAAAGGAAAGAAAGGAGCAAAGGAAGUCAAGGCUAAUAACUCCAGUAGAGAGGAUGUCUCCAAACCAAAGCCACACAAGAGGAAGAGGAUCAUCUAUGACUCAGAUUCAGAAUCAGAGGAGACAGUGCAGGUAAAAAAUGCUAAAAAGAAAUCAGAAAAAUUGCCACUGUCUUCUAAACCUGGUAAAAUUUCUCGGAAGGAUCCUGUUACUUACAUUUCUGAGACAGAUGAAGACGAUGACUUUGUGUGUAAAAAGGCAGCCUCCAAAUCCAAAGAGAACGGAGUGUCUGCAAACAGUUACCAUGGAGCAUCAACCGCGAAAAAGAAUGAAGAGAACACGAAGACCAAGAAUAAACCUUUAUCACCAAUAAAGCUUACACCAACGUCAGUGCUCGAUUAUUUUGGAACCGAAAGUGUCCAGAGAUCUGGAAAGAAGAUGGUGGCAAGCAGAAGAAAAGAGACUUCUCAAAACAUGAAUGAUUCCAGGUUAAAUGAUGAGGCUAUUGCCAAGCAGUUGCAGCUCGAUGAAGACGCAGAGCUGGAGAGGCAGUUGCAUGAAGAUGAAGAGUUUGCCCGAACGUUAGCCAUGUUGGAUGAAGAACCCAAGACCAAAAAGGCCCGAAAGGACCCUGAAGAGGGAGAAUCAUUUUCACCUGUCCAAGCUGAUUUAAGCAAAGCAGAAAACCAUAAAAGCCCUGAUAAAGAGCACUUUUUAAACGAAAGGAAGCCCAGCAGUCCUGCUAAGCCCAGCAGGGGUGGGUGCUCCAGAGGGUCUGCGCAGCCCUGCAGAUCGUCAGCUCACCAGAGCGAAGCCUGUUCCUCUCCCAAGGCUAGCUCCAAGCUGGCACUUAUGAAAGCAAAAGAAAAAAGUUCCUACAAAGACACAGAACUGACAGCCUCAAAAAGAAAAGAAAAUGCCAUUGAACUCAAAGGAGAGAAACAAACUCCUAAGAAAACCAAAAGUUCUCCAGCUAAAAAAGAGUCUGUAAGUCCAGAAGAUUCUGAAAAGAAACGCACUAAUUAUCAAGCUUAUCGAAGCUACUUAAAUCGAGAAGGUCCCAAAGCUCUGGGCUCCAAAGAAAUACCCAAGGGAGCUGAAAAUUGCUUGGAAGGCCUGACGUUUGUGAUCACAGGCGUGCUGGAGUCCAUUGAACGAGAAGAGGCCAAGUCUCUAAUUGAACGUUAUGGGGGGAAGGUAACAGGAAAUGUGAGCAAGAAAACCAACUACCUCGUCAUGGGCCGGGACAGCGGACAGUCCAAGAGUGACAAGGCAGCAGCUCUGGGAACAAAAAUCCUUGAUGAAGAUGGUCUGUUGGAUCUGAUUCGAACUAUGCCAGGCAAGAAAUCCAAGUAUGAAAUAGCUGCUGAAGCUGAGAUGAAGAAAGAAAAGUCCAAAUUGGAGCGAACACCCCAAAAAAAUGACCAGGGAAAAAGAAAAACAAGUCCAACUGAGAAGGAGUCAGAGUCUAAAAAGAGCAAACUGACUCCCCAAAAGGACAGCCCUGCAAAGGCCACCAAGAAGGAAGCGAAUGUGUUUCGGAGGGGCCUGGACUUCACGGAGCAGGUAGUCAAGGAGACGCCUGGCCACAGCAGGGCUCGGGGUCCGGCCGCGGACCGCCGUGGGGACCAAGUGGAGAGCCUGCUCUGGGUGGAUAAGUACAGGCCCACCUCCCUCAAGAACAUAAUCGGACAGCAGGGUGACCAGAGCUGUGCCAACAAGCUGCUGCGCUGGCUCCGAAACUGGCAUCAGAGUUCUCCGGAAGAGAAGAAGCACGCAGCAAAAUUUGGCAGACUUUCCAGCAAAGAUGAUGGUUCCAGUUUCAAGGCAGCACUGCUGUCCGGGCCGCCGGGUGUUGGCAAAACCACAACCGCUUCUCUUGUGUGCCAGGAAUUGGGCUACAGUUACGUGGAACUAAAUGCAAGUGAUACUCGGAGUAAGAACAGUUUGAAAGCUAUUGUUGCUGAAUCCCUGAACAACACCAGCAUCAAAGGCUUUUAUACAAGUGGAGCAACUCCUUCGGUAAGCUCGAAGCAUGCUCUCAUCAUGGAUGAGGUUGACGGCAUGGCCGGCAGUGAGGACAGGGGCGGAAUUCAGGAACUAAUAGGCCUGAUAAAGCAUACUAAAAUUCCCAUCAUUUGUAUGUGCAAUGAUAGAAAUCACCCCAAAAUUCGCUCUUUGGUUCAUUAUUGUUUUGAUCUUCGUUUCCAAAGACCUCGGGUUGAACAGAUUAAGAGUGCAAUGCUGUCUAUUGCAUUUAAAGAGGGUUUAAAGAUCCCCCCUCCAGCUAUGAAUGAAAUAAUUUUGGGAGCUAAUCAAGAUGUCAGACAGGUUUUACAUAAUAUGAGCAUGUGGUGUGCACAGAGCAAGGCACUGACUUACGAUCAAGCCAAGGCUGACUCUCAGAGGGCCAAGAAGGACAUCAAACUGGGUCCAUUUGACGUUGCCCGAAAAGUGUUUGCAGCUGGAGAGGAGACCGCACACAUGUCCCUGAUGGACAAAUCGGAUCUCUUUUUCCAUGACUAUUCCAUAGCCCCCCUCUUUGUCCAGGAGAACUACCUCCAUGUAAAGCCUGUGGCUGCAGGGGGUGACAUGAAGAAGCACCUGAUGCUUUUAAGCCGGGCCGCAGACAGCAUAUGUGACGGUGACUUAGUGGACAGUCAGAUCCGGAGUAAGCAAAACUGGAGUCUCCUGCCCACACAGGCCAUUUAUGCCAGUGUUCUUCCUGGAGAGUUGAUGAGGGGCUAUAUGACUCAGUUUCCCUCCUUCCCAAGCUGGCUGGGGAAGUACUCAUCCACGGGCAAACAUGAUCGGAUUGUUCAGGACCUAGCCUUGCACAUGAGUCUCAGAACUUACUCCAGCAAAAGGACGGUGAACAUGGAUUACCUGUCACACAUCAGAGAUGCACUUGUGCGACCCUUGGCCUCACAAGGGGCAGAAGGAGUUCAGCAUGUUGUCACACUUAUGGACACGUACUAUUUGAUGAGAGAAGACUUUGAGAAUAUCAUGGAAGUUAGCAGCUGGGGUGGCCAGCCCAGUCCCUUUUCCAGGCUGGAUCCCAAGGUGAAAGCAGCCUUCACAAGAGCUUAUAAUAAGGAGGUCCAUCUGACCCCAUACUCACUUCAGGUAGUAAAGACAUCGAGACUCAGCACAGGCCCAGCACUGGAUUCAGAAUACCACGAAGAGUUACAAGAAGAAGACAGUCAGUCUGAUGAGAAAGAGCAGGAUGCAAUAGAGGCUGAUGCCAUGAUCAAGAAAAAGACAAGGUCUUCAAAGCCUUCAAAACCAGAAAAAGACAAGGAGUCCAAAAAAGGAAAAGGAAGAAGUUGGAAGAAAUGAAACCUGUUCAGUACCAAUAGCUGCUUUUCACUUACCCUCUCGACUAGUCCAGCUGGUCUAGAGAACGGAAGCCUUACCCUUUGCCAGAGUAACCAUGUGUAGACAGUGGGGUGGGUGGCCUGGUGGUCCCACUAUAAAGGACGGUACAGCUAGACGGGCUGACUAGCCAGCUCUCACGCACCUCUUAUAGAGGUGCAGAGGACUGCUCCAGCCCUGCACUGUCCCUGCCAACCGAGUUAGAUUGCUGGGAUUCAGAGUGACUGCAGGCUCAAUACUCAGUCCCCACACGGGCUUUGGAGCCAGGUGUUAGUUAACCAUAGCCAGUCUGGGCAGUGGAACGGAGGCAUCUUUGUAGCUUAACAGUUUCUCCUAAUGGCCGUUAAGAGGACCAGUGCUGAUUUUUUUAAAAACAUGGUAGUUCUUAUUUUAUGGUGAAAUUCUGUAAAUAAACCUUAAUACACCACGUGGAGCUGAGCAUUCUCGGUCCAUUUUCAGGUAUCUUGCAGAGUAUGAAUCAGGAACCAAAUGUCCAUGUAAUGUAUGGAUCAUUCUUAAGACUGUCAUCUUGUACAGCCAGAUAUUAUGUUGGUAUGUUCCUCUCCUUAUUACUUUGGUUAGAUUAAAACGUUCGGCAUAACCUGAGAAUUGAAGGUCUGCAGGUGAAGAGCUCCAAUCCCAGCAUCCUUUGCACUGGCCACAUUGCUGCUGUAGUCUGAAAGAGGCCUCUGGGCUAGUCGGGUGUGCAGACACUGGACUGCCACACAUUCCCGUCAUCCUGCAGUCUCAGCCUUCAGGGGGAGACCAGUAGCGUCCAGGAUGGGUCACAUUCCCAGGUCCAUUAUGGACAGCCGGGAGGUGCUGUCCUGUGAUGAUGGAGUUCAUAUCCCUACUGGAGUUUUCCCAUGUAUCUGGAACUGUGCUUGUUGAAGGACCCUGGGCCAUGGAUGUAACCUGGCCUUUAGGUGUUUAACUGUUUUUAAAUCAGCAAGUGCGCAGAGGACCGACCAUGCUGCCUCUGUGAGGUAUAUGCCAAAAAGAAUCUAAGGACCGUGCUCUGCCUGGAGGAUGCAUGGCCUUGUUGGGAGAGGAGACAAAGUCCUGGAGACAUUGCAAGUGUAAUAACUAGUGUGAAAAGUGUGUUUCAUGGAAAUCGGUUCAUUAUGGAAAUAAACUGCCCUGAAGCCUGA